AUGACAGCCAUGAUGGCAAUGACAACGACUACAACAACAGGUGACGGCUAUCUGUACAAACACACCUGUUCCCAGGUGCAGGUGCAGUCGAUGGUCUGCAUCCUUACUAAGAAAAUAGCCUUCUUAGAAAGGUUUUUGUUUGUGACACGUUUCAUAGAACUGGAUGGUCUUCAGUGUCUCCUCCGCUUCCUGGAAAACCUGGAUUUUGAGACGUGUCAGGGCGCCAUUCACACCUCCGUCAUAGGAUGCAUCAAGGCUCUGAUGAACAACUCUCAAGGUAGAGCUCAUGUCCUGGCCCAUCCCAACAGUAUUAACAUAAUAGCCCAGAGCCUGAGCACGGACAACAUCAAGACAAAGAUAGCUGUGCUGGAGAUCCUUGGUGCUGUCUGCUUGGUGCCGGGCGGACACAAGAAAGUUCUGGACGCCAUGCUAUAUUACCAAAAGUAUGCGUGUGAACGAACCAGGUUCCAGACAUUGAUCAAUGACUUGGACAGAAGUACUGGUGUGUACAGAGAAGAGGUCCACCUGAAGACAGCCAUCAUGUCUUUCAUCAAUGCAGCACUCAAAUACGGCCCAGGACAGGACCAUCUUGAAUUCCGCAUCCACUUACGCUAUGAGUUCUUGAUGCUAGGGCUCCAGCCUGUUCUAGAAAAAUUGCGCUCCCAUGAAAAUGUCACACUUGACAGGCAUAUUGAUUUCUUUGAAAUGGUUAGAAAUGAAGAUGAAAAAGAGCUGGCCAAGAGAUUUGACCAGGAUCACAUUGACACCCGUAGUGCAACUGCCAUGUUUGACAUUUUGAAGAAGAAGUUGGGCUUCACCCUGGCCUACCCCCACUUCCUGUCCAUCCUCCAUCAUCUGCUCAUGUUACCUUGUAAAAUUCCACAUUAUGAACAAAGGUUAAAAGCAUUGCAUUAUAAAAAGAAGUUUACAGAAAGGAUGGUUGAUGCUCGGCCAAAAGUAGAAGCUGUUUUACAAGCAUCAAAAGAGAUGAUAAAAAGCCCACGUCUGCGGAAGUUUUUAGAGUUGGUCUUGGCUUAUGGCAACUACAUGAACCCAGGCCAGCGCGGCAAUGCUUACGGCUUUAAACUUUCUAGUCUCAACAAAAUCAUUGACACAAAGUCCAGUAUUAAUAGGAAUCUUACCCUGUUACACUACCUUUUAGAAGUUAUAGAAAAAAGGUUCCCAGAUUUACUGAGAAUUCAUGAGGACAUCAUUGAUGUGCGUUUGGCAGCAAAAGUACAUAUGCCAGAACUGGAGAAAGAUAUACAGAUUCUUAAAAGUGGACUUAGAGAAAUUGAAAAGGAAAUAGAAUUUCACAGGCACCGACAGCUAGAGCCAGAUGACAAAUUUGUCUCUGUUAUGUCAGACUUUAUCACGGUGGCAGCAUACAAUUAUUCUGAGUUGGAUGAUCUAGUCAGUGAGAUGAGGCAGAAGUAUGACCAGGCAACAAGAUUAUUUGGUGACGACCCAAAAAACAGUCAGCCUGAGGAAUUCUUUGGUACAGUAGAUGCUUUCUUGACAUCCUUUGCUGAGGCCAGGCAAGAAAAUGAGAAGUUUAGGAGGCAGAGGGAGGAAGAAGAAAGAAGGGCUAAAAUUGAUGCACAGAUGAGAGCUGAAAGAGAGAGACAAAAAGCAACCAGAAGACCCUCUGACAGAAGAAAUGAUGAAAAGGGAGAAGGAGAAUUUGAUGACCUCAUCUCAGCUCUCAGAACUGGGGACGUAUUUGACAAAGACUUAGCAAAAAUGAAGAGGAAUCGCAGACGACCGAGUGCAGGCCGUGCAGACACAAGAGAGAGGGUAGGAACUCUGAAGUCAGUGGCUUAAAACUCCAUUAUUAAGACCGGGUGCUGGCACCAAUAUGACUUCGCUUCCAAACCAUGACGCCAUUUUUGUAAACCCUGGGAUAUGAUAGAAAUUGAGGACCAAGUUCCUGGAGAUUUUUUUUUCCUGUCAUAACUGGGAAAUGACUGAUUGCAAUCAGCCACACAUUACAUACAGGUACAGUGAGGAAAAGGUUUCACUAUCGCGGCCUAGGUUUGUUACCAUGGUGCUGACAUAUUGUUAUACCUCGAAAAUGGGCCCUUGGACCUUUUUUCAAAUUAUGUGCACGCAGGCAAACUUACACAGAAACCUAGUGAACAUAUGGUACUUCCCACAUCUAGACGAGUUUGUUAAAGAUGUACAAUAUUUGCUGAUGUUAAUGGAUGUGAAAAUGCAUUGUGGGUAUUUGAGUAUAUUUUUAGAUUUAUCUAGAAAACACAUGAAGAAGAAAAUGCUGGGAGUCAUCAUUAAACUUUGGCGAAAAUGCAAUAAGGGGAAUUGGUCAUUGUAAUCUUAGACAUGUUCACUUGCAGCCUAAUUUUACAGAAAUUUACAGUGUUCUUGGCAGUGUUUCCAGUGCUUUGUACCAGAACUUUGCAUUCCAUGUCACAAUGGCACAAUGAAAUCAAAAUAAAAACAAUAAAAAUAAAGUUUUCAGAGAUAUAAGAGAACUCUUUAACUUGUCCUUGUGUGCUACAUUGUACCUACUUCUGCAACAUAUUCCAAGACAAGUAUAGACGGUUAUUUUGGAUUUCUUUGUUUUACCAAAAGUAUCCCUCAAGAUGAAGUACACAAAACAAUAUACAAUGUACUGCUUUGUCUUAUUUUUGUAAGAUGAACCUAUGACAAGUUUUGGGUCUAGGAUGAUGCAUGUAUUUAUAUGGUUUGUCAUGUUAUAAUGUCCAGAUUUGUGUUUAAUGUUUACUUUUGUUUCAUUUAUUGUUGCUAAGGGAUUUAAAAAGAGUCCUGCCUUAACUGGUGAAUGUUACAUUAUUCUAGUGUUUGGCUGCUGAGACUAUUGUUUAUGCUUUUUUUACAUGCCAAUUUGUGAAAUGAUGUUUUUUUUUUCUUAGUACAUUAAUUGGAAAUUUACUUAUGUAAAUGUUACUUACAGAGAUAACUGUUUACUAAUUUAAUAUAAAGGCAAUUAUCUUUAGAUAAAUUGUCAAACUGUAGUUUUGGGGGGAAGGUUUAACAUAACAUGGCAGACUUUUAGAUAAUACAAGGUUAUUUAUUUGAUGUAUGCAGGCAGGGGCUCUUAAUUGUACUUUAAAAUGGCAGAAAUUUCAGAAAUCUGUGUUUUUGGCUUAUUUAAAAUUGAUCAAUUUGUUAUUCAGCCUUCAUAUCAUUGUAGAUAAAUUUAAUCCUUUAUGUUAAUGUUGUAAAAUUUGUGAUGUAUUUAUUAUUUCAGUAAAAAAAAUUAUAAUUAUAAUA